CAAACCAUUUUAAUUUCCUUUUUCAGCCGGAGAAGAAAUAUCAUCUUUCCCUUGAGAUUCUGCAGAAUCGUGAAAUCUCUCUCUCAUCUUCAAGAUCCGUCUCUGUGCAUCAGAAGGCAGCCAUUGAUGAUGAUACAAAAAGCUAUGUCACCAACAGAAACAGCGAUCGUCUCCGUUGAUUCCUUUGCAAGCGAUUUCAACCUAAUGGCUGCAACACAGAGACGCGAAGCUCCUCUAGCAGUCCUCUGGGACAUCGAAAACUGUCCCGUCCCCAGCGACGUACGUCCCGAAGACGUAGCCAGUAACAUCCGAACCGCUAUACAGCUCCAUCCAGUGGUCUCCGGCUCGGUGGUCGUCUUCUCAGCCUUCGGCGACUUCAACGCCUUCCCUCGCCGUGUCAGAGAAGGCUGUCAAAGGACAGGUGUCAAACUCGUCGAUGUACCAAACGGCAGGAAAGACGCAGCUGAUAAAGCUAUCCUGCUCGACAUGUUCUUGUUCGUGCUUGACCAUCCUCCUCCUUCCACUAUCGUUAUCAUAACUGGAGAUGUUGAUUUCGCUCCCGCGCUUCACGUGCUUGGCCAGCGUGGGUACAAUGUGGUUGUUAUUAUACCUUCGGGUGUGUACGUUAACCCGGCUUUGACUAGUGCUGGUAAGUUUGUUUGGGAUUGGCAAAGUAUUGUUCACGGUGAAGGGUUUGUGCCGUUACCGAGGCCUCGUGUUGGGACCUAUCUGAUGGGAUGUGGUAGUAAUAAUCUUGAUGGGGCGGUGAAUGAAGAUGAGACGAUUCUUUAUAGAGGUGUGUCUCAGAGUUUUUAUAGUAGAGAAGCUUCGUCUUUGAUGGUUUCUCAGUUUCAGAAUGAGUGUAGUAGCAGUAGCAGCAUGAUGCCGUCUUGUUAUCCUCCUCCUGGUCACCUUGAGUCAACCAUGUGGGUAGCGCCUGGAGAUUUGAAUGGUUUGAAGGGACAGCUAGUGAAGCUUUUGGAGCUUUCGGGUGGGUGUAUGCCUCUCAUGCGUGUUCCUUCCGAGUACCAAAGGAAUUUUAGUAAACCCCUUUUUGUAGCGGAUUAUGGUUCGCCUAAGCUUGUGGAUCUUUUCAAGAAGAUGGGUGAUGUGAUUGCAGUGGAUGGUAAAGGCAACAAGAGGUUUGUUUAUCUUCGGAGCUCCAGAACGAGCCGUGUCUCCCCUCCUUCUCCUCCGCCUGUGGUUCUACUGAGGAGAGAUAAUAAAGGCAAAGAUAUCACCGUCGCUACCAAUGGAGGAGUCUCAUCUGAUGAACUCUCUGAUACUGGUUCGGUUCAGAGCGAGAGGAGCCUGGAAGAGUUCAAGUUCGAGUUGCAAGACAUUAUGGUUAGCUAUGGUUGUCGUGUGCGGAUGGAUUGUUUUGAGGCGGUAUACAAGCAAAGGUACAAGAGGUCACUGGAUUACAUGAAGAUGGGCAUGGAUCAGUUGGAGCAGCUUUUUGACAAGUUCAGCGAUGUUGUUGCCAUAUAUGAAGAUCCUGUUACAGGGACCAAACUCAUCAAUGCCAUUUAGAGGAGCCCAGCUCUGAUGAGACGGUGCGUUUUCUUUCAAGUGUUCUUUCUCAUUGCGAACAAGCAAUGUCAGCGCUUUGCCUGAGCAGGCCGAGUUUUAUUGUACAUGCUCUUUACUCUUUCCUUAGACAGAAGAGUUUAAUACAUAAGCUUUGUUUCUCUAGUCUAAGCAUUUCUACUGCUCAAUUCUCAAAAACAAAAUAUUUGUAAGAAAUUUAAAGAAUCUUAUUAAGAAA